CUUUUAUUCCCAAAGGAACCUGCAAGUUUGUGAUACCCAGAAGAAAAAUGACUCUUUUCUUUUUGUUUUUGAAACCGAAACAACUUCACGUGCUCAUAAUUUCAUCUGGGUCUUGCUCAAACAAGUCUGAAUUUGUAGUGCCCGUGACCUGUUUGUGAAAAUUCCCUCAGCACCUUUGGCUUGAUACAGGUCAACAGAUAUGAGUGAAGAGUCUGACUCUAAAGUCGAGGCUAUGGAUCUGUUACGCCAGUUGGAGGAUAUCCUUGAAUCUGAUGCUCUAAUUGACGAGCUGGGCUUUAUUCAUCCCUCACAAUUCCCUUUGCUAAAGGAAGAAUCGGACAUUUCGUGUAAUUUAUCUUAUGAAGCUAUCCAUCAAUCAGAAGAUGGAGUAGUAAGCCCCGUGGAACCUUCCAAACAAGACAACAUAUAUUUCUGGAACAGAGAUCAUAAACUGGGAAUUUCAACUCAUGUUCUUCUACCGUUAUAUAGAGCUGCUAAAGAUGCAUUUUUUAUUACAUUUAAACAAUACAGAAUGUGUGACAACCAAUCUGGUAAAGGAAUUUGCUUACCUGCCUCUUCUUGUGAUCAUCUUGAAAGUACCCUUCUGAGACAUAGCAAGUCUCUUCUGCUGCUAAGCUGUGAUUUUAUGACAGCUUGGAAUUGCAGAAAGUUAAUAGUGUCCAAGAAGCAGCAGCUCUCAAUGUUUGUAGAUGAACUUCUGCUGUCAGGACUUGUACUCUCAUAUUCACCCAAAAGCGAACAAGCUUGGAAUCAUAGGCGAUGGGUGAUCAAGUCAAUCUCUGCAAACUGUUCAAAUUUCAAAGAGAUAUUGGGAAAAGAAUCUGAGCUGGUGGAAAAAAUAGCCGAGAGAUCAAAAAUGAAUUAUCGUGCAUGGAAUCACCGUUGCUGGUUAGUCUCAUACAUGACCAUUGACCAGGUUCUGUCUGAGUUAAGGAAAUCAAGAAGUUGGGCUGCACUGCAUGUCGCUGAUAAUUGUUGUUUCCAUUAUCGCAGACGACUAUUACUGAGAAUUAUGGAGGGUCAAAGUUGUCUGGAAGAUACUGUAUCUUGUGGUCAUAAUGUUAAUAUAGUCCAAGCCUUGAAGGACGAGCUUGAUUGGAAUGAAACACUGAUAAAACGUUAUGUUGGAAGAGAGGCUCUAUGGCUUCAUCGGCGCUUCCUUUCCACGUGCUGGAUAAAUAAUUUUGUACCUGAUUCUGGGGAUGAGUCCUACCAUUCCAAGGAGGCAAUAGGCCUGUAUCAUGACUUUGGCACCUUUCUGCAGAAUGAAUUGUGUCUUCUCGACUCCUGCUCAACUUUUGUUGAUGAUGAUUUUGUGGAUGUCCAAGCACAAGCUGCACAUUCUGCUUCUUAUAUUCUGUGGUUGAAAGUGCAAGUCCCCAAGACUCUGGUGAAUCAGCUCCAAGAGAAGAUAAGGGAUGCUGAUCUGAAGACCUUGCUGAAUAAGUCAUGCCCAGAGAGAUCCUCACUGUUCAAUUACUUCAUGAACUAGAAGAAAGCGUAUGAGCUACAUAGGAUGUAGUAGAUCUUAUUACUCAUUCUAACAGUUAGUUUAUCUUAUUUUAUGUCCGGUACAUCUUUUGCAGGUUAAAAGCAGAGUUUAAAUAAUUCCAUACAUGUAUUUGUAAAAACAUCCAUAGGAAGUUGCUUUCAUAACAAGUGUUCUUGAUGUGUUUCAUAUGAAACUCUUUACAGUAACAAUGUUAGUUUGAGGUCAUAUUUCAUUCAUUAAUUAUGAUUAAA